AUUUGACAUGCAUUUAACAGCACUAUUGUAUUUAUUGUUGUGUACUAGCUGCUAUUCAUCAAGGAUGAGUGCAAAAAAUGAUUGCAGAUUAUCGAGAAGUUGCUAUAAAGAAAACGAUGAGGAAGAAAGCACCAUGUCAAAUUUAGCCUUCUACCGGAUGACACUUUUUGAAAAUCCAGUGUAUCUUAUACUCCUAAUAAUAUUGGGCACGUUUAUUUUCUUAUUCCUUCUAGGUUUUAUUAAAGGCGUGUUAGGCUUAUUUGUAUCCAAGAAAAUAGGUUCUGCUGGACUACAUUUAUUAAUUGAUCUCCCAAGAAACUUGCACGAGUACCAAGAAUACGAAUUAAAGCACAGAUGUAUAAUUUACGACGUAGCAGGCUGGCCCGUUCAUCCCGAUACGAGGGAAAGAAGUGUACGUGCAAUGACCAAAAACAUGGAAUUUUGUUUAAAUCUGGUCUUCUUCUUUUUAUAUCCAAUGUCUAAAAUUGUUCAUUUAUGUUCCUUGUGUUGUUGUAUUGAGACUGUCCAUGAGCAUGAUGAAGAAGCAAAAUACUUAAAUGAAGGAAAUAUUACAAUGGACAUGUAUGAAGAUGAGUUGAGAGAAGAGGAAGACACAAAUUACGUUAUUAACAUACUGAAGACCAGUAAAUCAAGUUUAUGUAGACAUAAUUAA